AUGGGCGUCGGUUGCGCAGCGCACGCUUUCCGCACGCUUUUCUUGUCGGGCUUGGUGAGGUGCCUCAGCGUGGAGUUUGCGUUGGGAGCUAUUGGCGACGAAUCCCAGCUUCACGCAGCAGCAGUUGCUGCCUUUAUCGACUACCAGAAGAAUUUUAAUGCUUCUUUGGCUGCCCGGCUAGGGCCUCCAAUCAUCGAGAUCCCUGGUGGAGUGCAUCCAAACGCAAGCAUGGGAGCCAUCAGUAUAAGCUUGAAAGACGAUGCCUCAUCGGAGGAGACCGGCAUGUCUGAGACCUUGAACUUGCUGCUUGGCCUUGAAGGCGAUGCGCCUGUGAUCGGAUUAAUUGGUCCAGGAAAAUCCUGGAUCGCCACGCCGGUGGCCACAUUGGCAGGUGUGCGGCAGAUACCCCAAAUAUCUUGUUGCGCCAAAAGCCCCAGGUUGUCCGACAAAAAGGCAUACCCCUUCUUUCUUCGAACCGUGCCGCCGGAUAGCCUCCUCUCCACUGCCAUUUGGCAUUGGAUUCUACACUUCAAUGUUGCCAUGGCAGCUUGUGCUUAUUCAGACGAGGGCUACGGACAAAGUCUCUUUGGUGCUCUGAGUGAUCUUGCCCGUGUGAAUGGCCAGCAAGACCGUGUACAGGGGCAGGGUCUGGGACGGAUGAAAACCUUCGAUGCAGAACUGGCUCGUAAAGCGUUGAGGCUUGUGAAGCAGCUGGGGUCUCAUUUUGUCAUUCUUCUCGUGCACUUGCCCUUGGCUGGAGGUCUCUUCAAGGUCCUUGAAGAGGAAGAUAUGCUGAGGCCUCCUUGGCAAAUCCUAUCGACGGAUACGUUCAUGGGAGAAGCAGGCCGCAAAGUGGGCUUCAUGUACCUCAGACCAUCUGCUGAAGGCGGAAAGAUUCCAGAGCUACAGCAGUUGUGGUCCCGGCUUGGACCACAUGACAUGGCCAUGGACCAUAUGCACUUGCCUGCUGGCCUCGUCGGAGAUGAGAUGUUCGAUGAAGGCGAUGGUGUGGUUCUUAACCAGAGGGCACUCUACAACUUUGACUCAGUCUACGCAUUUCUCGUUGCCAUCAACAAGCUCCUUCACUCGGGCAUGGAUGCGAGCGCAGUCCGCGGCCGCGUGCUUCACGAUGAGAUGAGCGAGCUACGAUUCAACGGGGUCUCAGGCGACCUCCUCUUCGAUCGCAACGGUGACCGGCUGGGGGCUUUUGAGUUUUUGAACACGCAGUCCGAAGACAGCAUCGUUUCGGUGGCCUCCUUCAGUGCUCUCACGUUGAAUUUCACGGUUACGGCUCCUUUGACAUGGAUGGAUGGCUCAGUGGGGUACACCCCGCCGCCAGACAUGUACUAUUGUGAUCCCGGUUUUUACCAGGAGGCGCAAACGAGGCAGUGCAAAAGAUGCCCGCCAGGGAACUUCUGCGAAGGAGGGCCGGAGGCUCCUCUGACGCCAUGCCCUAGAGGUACUUUCGCUUACGACGCGGCAAUGACCAACUGUACCGCUUGCCCGAACGGCAGCUUUGCCUUGGAUGCCGGCUCAGCGGAAUGCGUUCUGUGCCAGCCUGGCACGGAGGGGCCCUUUGAAGGCAUGGAGAUGUGCAGGAGCUGCGACACCGGCUUCUACAUGCCAACCUCAGGCAUCCCAUGCCCCACUGGGCUCUUUUGUCCCGAGGGCUUGGGCCCUCCAGAGCAGAAGGCUGGCUUUUGGACAGAUCCAAAUGCUUCCCAGUCCUGCGACUUCUCCGUCUUGCGUUGCAGAGACGGGGCCGAGUGCCCUCCGGGGAUGUUGGGGCGUUGCUCCGAAGGCAGAGAGGGGCAGGCUUGCAACAACUGCCAGCCGGGCCACUACUCGAGAGGCUCGACAUGUGAACGUUGUCGUGAAGGAGAUGCCCUGCCGGUCAUCUUGGUCGUUAUUCUGCUCCUGGCCCUCCUCGCCUUCAUGAGUAACUCAACCUGGGAUCCAAGCCAAGUGAGUCUGAACACCGUCACAGCGGCCUCAGUGACCAGCCAGCUGCUUAUGGCCAUCCAAUCCCUGGGUUCGAUCCGAGAGCUGUCCAUCAAGUGGCAGGAGCCAGUGUCGACACUCAUCAACCUCACGAAGCUCGUGAUGUUCGACUUCCAUUUCAUCCGAACUUCCUGCUUCUUCGGAACCGACACUCCCAUCCUCUAUUUUCUCGGCCGAUUGCUCACAUGCCCGGUGGCUUGCGCUCUUCUACUGUGCGCUUGGGUUUUGCAGAGGAUGCUCGGACGGCCCAAGCCCUUCAACACAGUGUUGAAUCAGUGCGGAGUGAUGAUCUUUGCAUUCUUCCUGUCCAUCACCCGCGCCACCCUGAUUCCGUUUCAGUGCGUGGAGAACCCGAAUGGGACUAGCUCAAUGCUGCUGCACCCGGGCAUCAUUUGUAGUUUGAAGAAAAAUCUUUACAACAAGAGCGCAGGCUACCAGUCGGAAGAGCAUGCGAUCUUUGCUGCACUUGCUGCGGUAGGAGUUGUGACCCAGCCCCUUGCCGUGCUGGUGCUGGCCACCUACGUCAUCUGGACGUAUCCGUCUCGUGUAGCUCGUGGAAAAGGGCUUCGCUUCUCCACAAGAUACCGCUUCCUCCUGCACAGAUUCAAGCCUGAGUCGUACUACUACGGCUUAGUCCUCCUCUAUCGCAACGCCAUCGUGGCGCUGUUGCCGGCAAUCCUGGUUGGCGUGCCUGAAAUUCAGCUACCGCUGAUGGGCAUCAUGCUGCUCGCUGUCCAGAACCUGGCCUUGCAAACGGCUCCGUGGCGCACCGCAAUGGCCAAUCGGGUCGACAUGCUUUUGACCGACCUCCUUCUUGUCACACUGCUCUGUGCCGGCCCCCUGCUGCUGAUCGACGAGGUGCAGUCCACGGCCGUGCUGGGAUGGCUUCUUUGCGCCAUCAGGCAGAAGCGGGCGAAGCUCUUCGACAUAUUCCUGUGUCACCAUAAGGCAGGCGGAGGGAGCUUGAGCCGUUGGAUGAAGCUCUUGAUUUCCCAGCACUCCUCCGCCCGGGUGUUCUUGGACAGCGACCAGCUCCAGAACCUGGACUUGCUCUUCGACAUCAUCCGGACGUCGACAAAGAACGUCGUCGUCGUGCUAACAGGAGAGUUGCUGUCCAGAAGCUGGUGCGCUGGCGAGAUCGUGACAGCGUGGAAGAAUGACAUCCCAACAAUUCCCUUGCUCUGCGAUGGUUUCGAAAGGCUUUCUGACGAGGCACAGACGCAGAUCCCCAUGCGUUGGACGCCUCACCAAAUUGCACAGCUGGCAAGCUACGGGAUACAGGAGGGCGAAGUGAAGUUGGCCUAUGCAUGGCUCCAGCAUGAGCUGACCCCUCUCCAGAUGUCUCGCUUUGGUCCAGUUUCUGAGCGGGAAAGUGUGGUCGUGGAGCUGCUGAACGUUUGUGGCGUGUCUGCUCGUCGUAGUACGAACAAGAUGGCCAAGCAACGCUCGAUUCUCAUCAUGAGCUCCUUCAUAGAGGCCGAGUGCUUAUCCGCUUGCGAGGUCUUUCAGUUUCUUGUGCAAUCGCACCUCCAUGUUGAGUGCGAGGUUAUGCGCGACGUUCAUCAGAUUGCCACAUGCAAGCCGUUCGCCUACUACCUCAUUGUCUUGCUUUUCCGCGGCAUCUUUCGGGACCAAGAGUUCAUCAAGCUCCUCCUGCAUCUAAGUUCUCUAAUUUCAAGUUUGCGGGUAUGCUUCGCAGACCUGCGCCUCUUCGAAACGGACAUUGGAGUUGGUGCCAGUGGGAUUGUCGAAGAGAUUGUUCUCAUCUUGACCAAGGGAUGA